AUGAUUUCUACACGAACCGAGUUUAUAGCAGCCACAUUAGCAAAUGGAAAAGUGUUAGUUGCUGGCGGAUACGGCAGUGCUUUUCUCGCUAAUGCUGAAUUAUACAAUCCAUCCACAGGUACUUGGGCAGCUACAGGAAGUAUGAUUUACUCACGAGCAGAUCACGCAGCAUCCAUAUUAGCAAAUGGAUCAGUAUUAGUUACUGGUGGACACAACGGUGCAUAUUUGCCUCAAGCUGACUUGUACAAUCCAUCUACAGGUACUUGGAGAAGCACAGGAAACAUGAAUGCAGCACGAUAUUACCAUACAUCAUCCACAUUAGGAAGUGGAUUAGUAUUAGUUACUGGUGGACUGAACAGUGGUGGCGAUGUCAAUAGUGCUGAAUUAUAUAAUCCAUCGACAGGCACCUGGGUAUAUACACCAAACAUGAAUUUUGCACGACAAUAUCACACAGCAUCCAUAUUACCAGAUGGAAAACUAUUAGUUACUGGUGGAAGCAACAGUGCUACUUACAAUAGUACUGAGUUUUACCAAUAG